AUGUCUGGUCCAUCUGUUGAGUUGUCAACAAAACUCAUUAAUCAUUUAAAAUAUACUUAUGGUAUUGAUGACUCCAAUGCUCAUACAAUUUAUAAUGAGGCAACCAAUCUCUACCAUGAAUUACUUGCAAUGAUUGAUCUUAGUCCAUUACGAACAACUGAUAAUAAGAUAUUAUCAUCGUUAAUUAUUAUAAUAUGCGAAUAUUAUGAUUUCGGUGAAAUAUCUGGAUUGUUCUUACCGAUGAUAAUGUAUAUUAUCACAUUUUGUCAAAAUACUGAAGCUGAAUAUUACUUUCUUCAAUGGAUUGGAACUACAAAAGUUUUUUUGCAAAUCAAUUUUAAUAUAUCACAAUUUACGUCAUUUCGUGAUUUAUUAAAAUCUUUACAAAAUAACACCGAUUCAAUGGAAGAACAAAUGAAUAAGAAGGGUACACAUGAACAACAACAGGAAAUAAAAGAAUUCCGUACAAAAUUUAAUUCAUUUUUAAAUGAAAAUGGAUUAAUAUUGUCAGAUGAAAGUGAAGAUGAUCAAGAGGAUGAUGAUGGUCCAAAGGAUGAUGAUCCAAAGGAUGAUGAUAAUGAUCAAAAGAAAGAUAAUGACGAUGAUUGA